CGGUUGAAGAUUAGCCAAGUUAUGGAUUAAUUGCUGUUUGUCCGGAAGAAUGUUGCUUUUCUCUUUUCUUCAGGUUUUUAAGAUGUAGUAUGUUCUAUAUGUAUUCUUUUCUUUAAGUUGGACACAGAGUUGGGGUAAGAAUUGAUGAGUUGGUUCAGAUGCUCAGCUAUGGUCUCACAUUUAGCCGCAAGGACUUUUAUCAUGGUGAAUAUAUAUAUAUAUAUAGAAAGUCUUGUUUUCGAGAAUAUAGAAUUCUUACAGCGUGCUUAUGCUGAAUCAGGCAUAUGAUCGGCUGGUGUUUAAAUGUUUUCUCAUUCUCCUUAACUUGUGCAGUAAAUCAUUUAGAGGCUUGGCAGCAGAAUGACUUUUAAAUAGUGUAAUGGCCUUUGUGAAGGUUGGCAGCCUGAGCUUCUCUGCUGCCAGGUGGGCGGAGUUCCGCCCCAUCAGGAUCAGGGAAAGAGUCUAGCAUCAAGCAUUAACAAUGAAAUUAGAUGAUAUAUCAAGCAUCUGGCGGAUUUUAGUUGCGACAUAGUUAGCAUGAACUAGUUGCUUAGGUGGUUCUGCAUAUAAAGAUUUCUGCUUUCCUUUAGCAUGAACUAGUUGCUCAGGUGGUUCUGCAUAUAAAGAUUUCUGCUUUCCUUUACUUCCUAUAUGCAGUACAAACUUUGAUUUUAGGUUUCACUUGGGUGUACUUUCGACCUGAAACCUUUGUGCUUAAUAUACACGGUUGAUACUUCAACAAGAAAAACAGGAUCAAAGCUACUGUUUGCCAGCUGCAGAUGGCAGAUCAGAGCAUCAGCUAUACUCCAGAAGAUGCAAUUUCUGGGAUGGGAUUCGGGAAAUUCCAAGGGCUCCUUCUAGUUUAUGCUGGACUUGGUUGGAUUUCUGAGGCAAUGGAAAUGAUGAUUCUGUCUUUUGUUGGAGUAGCUGUUCAAUCUGAGUGGGGACUCUCUCCUGCUGAAGAAAGCUUGAUAACAUCCGUGGUCUUUGCUGGCAUGCUAGCUGGAUGUUACUUUUGGGGCAUUAUAUCCGAUGCAUAUGGAAGAAGGAAAGGCUUUAUUGGUACAACAACAGUGGUGACUGUAGCUGGAAUUUGUAGCUCUUUGGCUCCAAGUUAUAUUUUAUUUUUGGCAUCGCGUUGUUUGCUUGGAUUUGGUGUAGGAGGUGGCCUAGUGUUUGCAGCAUGGUUUCUGGAGUUCAUUCCUAUAGCUAAUAGAGGUGCUUGGAUAUUCGCACUUACAGCUUUCUGGUCAUCUGGAUCUGUGGUCGAGGCUUUACUUGCAUGGAUUAUCAUGCCAAGAUUUGGUUGGAGAUGGCUACUAGCUUUAUCUUGUUUACCAUCAUUGUUUGUACUUCUCCUUUCUGGCUUUACACCUGAGUCACCAAGGUAUCUAUGUGUGAAAGGAAAAAUGGAGGAAUCUCAGAAGAUAUUGGAAAAAGUAGCAACCAUGAACAAGACAAAACUUCCCCCUGGAGUCCUUGUCUUAGAUCGAACAAGAAACAUAGACGAAGAACACUGUCCAUUAUUGGAUACUUCUCUUCUCCCCUCAGCAAGAGAAAAGAAGCGUACCUCAGGAAUUUGCCUAUCAUCAUUCUUCAUGAUAUUCUCAUCAAAACUAUGGAAAACAACUCUUCUCCUAUGGUUUCUAUACUUUGCGAGUACUUUUUCAUACUAUGGUAUCGUAUUAUUGAUCUCUGAGCUAAGUAGUAAACAUAGUAAUUGUGGUUUGAUCAAAAACUUUUUGAAGAGUACCGAGGAUUCUAGCCUCUAUAGAGAUGUAUUUAUCACAUCUUUUGCAGAUUUAGCUGGGCUAGCAGUGUCUGCAGUUGUUGUUGACAGAUUAGGCCGAAAGCUCACCGUGAAGAUUUUCUUGGCACUGGGUUUUAUUUUGCUUCUACCACUGGUUGUGCAUCACAAUGAGAUUGUGACCACAGCUCUAUUGUUUGGCUCGCGCAUGUCUGUUAUGUCAGGAUACAGUGUCAUUGUUGUCUACUCAAGGGAGGUAUAUCCAACUUCAGUGAGGGCAACUGGUGUUGGAAGUGCAACAGCUAUUGGACGAAUUGGUGGAAUAAUAUGCCCUCUUGUAGCAGUUGGUUUAGUCAGGGAUUGCCAUCAAACAGCAGCAAUACUUCUGUUUGAGGCUGUGAUAGUUCUCACAGGAUUCUGCACUCUUUUCCUACCUUCAGAGACCAGCGGAAAAGCCUUGACUGACGUUACAAGCCUGUCCAAUGAGGAGCAGAUUACACCUGAUUAGGGCAUGUAUGGUUCCCUUUAAGUGCAAUUAGGUGCUGUUGUUGUUGUUAUUGUUUCUCUUUCAAGCUACGAUAUACACUUAGAAGCAUAAUUGUAUCAAUAUAGUAUUACAUUGGUGUAAAUUAAUAAGAUUCUCUUUGGUCGAUUAUUUUAGCUAAUUAUAAAUCCUGAUUUUGAAUAGCC